CACACCGACUAAGCAGCGUUCAAGUGAAAUAGCAGAUUGACUGAGUGCAUGACUUCAUCGUGUGAGAAAAACUGAAUACCGCUGUACCUGCUUGCAAACGCUGAAACGAAACUGAUUAAAGACAGCAUCAUUGAAUUGAGUGUGUGAAGUUUGCUGCAGUCGUGUCCUGAAUACACACAUAGCUAUUAACACCCCGUGUCUCACGAGACGAAUUCGUACGAAAGUGCUGCCAAUCCCACAUUGUCCAGGGUGUUGCUAUCGUUGAGUGACCAAUAUGACCAGUUUGGUGAAGGGUAGGGCCCUACAUUGGGUCUUCAAGAUAGGAAACCGAUCAAAGACCAUGGACUUUUAUAGAAACAUUCUGGGAAUGAAGAUCUUGAGGCAUGAAGAGUUCAAAGAAGGCUGUGAAGCAGCAUGCAAUGGUCCUUACGAUGGACAAUGGUCGAAAACCAUGGUGGGAUAUGGCCCUGAAGAUUCUCAUUUUGUGGUAGAACUGACCUAUAACUAUGGGAUUGGCAGCUAUAAGCUCGGCAAUGAUUUUCAAGGGAUUACCAUCAAGUCCUCCAAGGCCAUUAAACAAGCCCAGGAAGCGUCAUAUCCUUUGAAGGACUUGGGCAACGGGAGCUUCCAGAUUCAAGCUCCGGACGGUUAUCCAUUCGUCAUCCGACCCGAGGACGUGGCUGAUGGACAGGAUCCAGUCGAGAAAGUGUCGCUUUCUUCGACGUCCAUACCAAGAUCGCUAGAGUUUUGGAAGGAUGUCUUGAAUAUGGCGGAAAUCUCGUCGGAUCAAUCCAAGGCUUUGCUCCAAUUCGACGACAAUCAAGCCCAACUUGAAUUGAUUGCUCAAGACAACAUCGAUCGGGGCAGUGCUUAUGGUCGAAUUGCUUUUGCAGUUCCGGCCGACUCCUUGCCUGGAAUUCAAAAGAAGGUGGAAUCGAUCGGGCUUGGCGAAAUAUUGAAGCCCUUGGUUGAAUUGGACACGCCUGGGAAAGCAUCUGUUCAUGUUGUGAUAUUGAGCGAUCCGGACCAAACUGAAAUUUGUUUUGUUGGCGACGAAGCAUUCCGAGAAUUGUCCCAAGUUGAUCCUGAAGCCGACAACCUGCUGAAUAAAGCUAUGGAAGAGGAUAAAAGUGGCGAAUACUUCGAAAAAAAGGGACGGACCAAGCCAUCGGCUUAAACCUAAUGUAUUUGAUGUUUUACUACACCAGUUCACCUUUGUUCCGUGAUUCGAAGCAAUGUGAAAAUGAAAUAUAAAUCAAUAAAUUAUACAAACCAUGCA